AUGUUCCUCAAAAUCUUGACCCUAUUAGUUCUUAUUUCGGCAUGUUCUGCCUUAGCCGCAAGACCAGAUAUCGAAUCAUCCCACUAUUCAGUUCGUGGAACGAAGCUCAGCGUUGAACAGAUUGCGGCCAGAGAUGAUGGUGCCCCCGAGCUCAUCUUAAUUCAACGCCAAACCAACUCAACAGAUGAUGGUGACAAGCCAACCCUACUGGGUAAUGCCACAAUCUCAGACAUCGACAAGGCGCGUGCACUUGUGGCUGAAGCCAUAAAACAAGCAACCGAACAUAACAAGGCCAGGCUUGCUAAGCCUAUGCGCAAUCGGUAUACGGUUGAUCCAAGUACCAAGCACGGCAAACGUCAAAAUGAAGACGUAGCGCCUCUCUUUAACAUCACUGAUGCUAUUCGUGCUGCUGCUGCGCUUGUUGCUGAAGCUGAUGCAUAUGAGGACGUGAAGAACGGUACUGCUGUAGAUAAAACGAUUAUCGAAGCCAAGCGCCAGAACACCGGGAACUGGUGGAUGGGCAACCUGGCACACUCUGGUGGAUGGCCAUGGGGCAGUAAUCCAAGCAACUUCAAGGUGUUCCGCAAUGUCAAAACCGACUAUGGUGCUGCAGGUGAUGGUGUGACUGAUGAUACCCAAGCCAUCAUCAAUGCCGUCAAGGAUGCCAAGGCCUGUGGGCCGGGCUGCUAUAGCUCCACCACUAAGGGUGCUAUCAUCUACUUCCCACCCGGGACAUAUUUGAUCAGCAGCACCAUUGAGACAUAUUAUGGCACUCAGUUUGUUGGUGAUGCUGUCAACCGACCUAUCAUCAAGGCUUCAGCAUCCUUUGUCAGCUUGGGUGUCAUUAGCACUAAUCAUUAUGUCGAGAAUGGAGGCACUGGUUCGGAUGGGAAUGCCAAGCAAUGGUAUAUCAACACGGCAAACUUCUAUAGGCAGAUCAGAAAUUUUGUCAUCGACAUUCGGGCCGUUGACCAGAAUGCAUAUGUCGCUGCCCUACAUUACCAAGUAGCGCAAGCCACGAGUCUGCAAUUCGUUGAUUUCAUCUGCACACAAUCCUCCACAACAACACAGCAAGCCAUAUAUGCGGAGAACGGUAGCGGAGGGUUUAUGAGUGACCUCACCUUCACUGGAGGUGCUUUUGGUAUCUACGGCGGAAACCAGCAGUUUACCAGUCAGAGAUUGAGAUUCAACAAUUUUAGGACAGCAGUUCAACUUAUUUGGGACUGGGGCUGGGUUUGGAAGAGCAUCCGUGUUGAGAACUGCGGCACUGCGUUUAGGCUGAUGGGCGAAAACGGUGUACACAACACGGGCUCUUUCAUGCUGGUGGACUCCACGAUCAAGGCUGUUACGACAGCCAUCUUCACGUUCCCAUACACCGGUACAACAGGCGACGCAACUACAGGCAUUACGCUUGAUAACGUUAAGUUUGAUGGCGUUACUAAUGGGGUCUGGGAUGGUUCCAAGUCCUAUCUGGCAGGAUCAACAACAUCCAUUGACACCUGGGUACAAGGUCGUGUGUACUCUGGCACUACUCAGAACAAUGCCUUAUCGGUGCCAUUCUCGACGCCUCGCGACAAGACACUUACGGGCGGUAACCCAGACAAUCUACCCAAAGCACCAUUCUUCGAGAAGGCAAAGCCGCAGUAUUUAAACGUAGGCUCGGGAUCCUUUAUUCACAUGCGAAGCGCUUGCAAGGGAGAUGGUAAGUCGGACGACACUGCAUGUUUUCAGAGAGUACUCAAUUCUGCCGGCUCGUCUGUUGUGUAUGUAGACGCUGGAACGUACAUGAUCAGCGACACCAUCUCCGUUCCCAAAGAUAUCAAUAUUGUCGGAGAGGCGUGGUCACAAAUCGCAGCCUUCGGAACCGCCUUUGGGGAUGUUAAAAAGCCCAAACCCUUGCUACGUGUUGGCGAGCCUGGCGAAAUCGGGAAUGUCGAGAUGCAGGACUUAAUUUUCACAAGCAAAGGCAAUACUCCGGGCCUGACCUUCGUUGAAUGGAACGUCCGGGCUGAGUCCGCCGGUUCUGCAGGCAUGUGGGAUUGUCAUGUCCGCGUGGGAGGCGCCAAGGGUACGGACCUGGAAUCAUCAAACUGCCCUGCCAAAACAUCGGGAACCAACACAGGUUGCAGUGCUGGCAGCAUGAUGAUGCAUAUCACUAGUCAGGCAUCGGGCUACUUUGAAAACGUUUGGCUUUGGGUGGCUGACCACAAUAUUGAUGAUCCGGACUGGGACAACGACAACAACUUCAUGACACAGUGUUCCGUCUACGUCGGUCGUGGUCUGCUCGUGGAGAGCACCAACCCAGUUUGGCUCUACGGAACAGCAAGCGAACAUGCUGUUAUAUAUCAAUAUCAGUUCAGCAAAGCUCGCCAUGUCUACGCCUCGAUGAUUCAGACUGAAUCGCCUUACUACCAGCCGAAUCCAGCACCACCGGCUCCCGUGAAAGAUUCGGUGGGUGUCUUUAACAAUGAUCCCGAUUAUGUCUGCAGUGGAGCCAACCCUGUGGGCUGUGAUGCGUCGUGGGCCCUGAGGAUUCUAGAGAGUAGUAGCGUCACCAUUCAUGGAGCUGGAUUAUACUCGUGGUUCUCCACUUAUACGCAAGCCUGCGUUGAUACCAUGGACUGCCAGGAUAGUCUUAUCCAAUUUAGGAAAAACACUGGAAACGUCGUUUUGCACAACCUGGUCACGAUUGGAUCCGUUAACAUGAUAGAAUCAGACGGUUCUUUUAUCAGAGCCAAGGAUAACCUGGCUGUUGACUUUCAUCCAUACUGGAGCCAAAUCGCCGCUUAUGAUGCACGCCAGGUUUCGCCUGGUAUCUGCCAAGAAGUGGAUGACAAAACAUGGAUUAACCCAGACAUACCACAAGGAGAUUGGGACACAUUGCGUAUUAUGGAGGACGAGGAGCAGCUUGUUUACUUCACGAUUGUGAACGGUUGCCCCUACGACUUCGUUUUCACAGGAGGCAAUGAUUGGCAGCUGGAAAAUGAUUGGAGCAAGGACUUCAUCACUAUUCCAGCUGGUGAGUCGGCGCAGUUCCUUGUAGAAAUGGAAUUUAUGACCCCGAGCGAUAAACCAUCUGACACGGCUGGAGAGGCUUACUACCGCAUUGCGACGACAGAUAAGACAUGGCAUGUUACCGCAGACUGGGUCGAUGACAAAGAUAUGGUACGCAAUAGAAUAGCUUAUGAUGGUCUAUCUACCAAAAACGUGGCAAAGGGGAACAUAAUCGAUCUCGACUGGCCAAGCCUCGACUAUGACCGCGGCCUCACAAACCAGUGGGUGCUCACAGGCUCCGAACAGUACGGCUACUGGUCCUCGACAAACCCUCCUGUAGCCUGGAUGAAAUCCAUUCUGCCAAUCAUUGGUGACCGCAUGCUGAAACACGUCUGCAUUCCAGGCUCUCAUGAUGCAGGGAUGAGCAAGAUUGACGGACAUACUGGCGCUGGCACGGCUUCAAACACACAAACGCAGGUGCUCGAUAUCUAUGGACAGCUGUUGAAGGGGUCUCGUUGGUUCGAUGUCCGACCUUGCUUGGGCAACGGUGGUGCGCAACAUUUGUGUCACUACUCCACAGUCGCUGGCGUCAGUCAAGGAGGCAAUGGUAUCAAGGUUGAUGAGGCCAUCGAUAUGGUUAAUCACUUUAUGCGCGACCACCCCGGUGAGCUGGUGAUCCUGGACCUGAACAAUGAUUGCGGGUACGACACUGACGCCGGAUCAUUGGAUUACCCACGUCUUACGGCCGAUCAGUGGGCACCGAUCUGGAAGAAGUUCCGCGACAAUAUUGAAAACCCUUGCAAGAGGUAUACGGACAUUGACCCCGAUUUGACCAGCAUCACUAUGAAUGACUACAUCGGCGACGGGGUUGGCUGUGUGUUGACACUUGCUCGAAGCAUUCCAGGCGUAUCAACUAGCGAGGCUGAUCCUGCAAAGGGCUUCUACCACAGUAACUCGUUCCCCAGAAUCGGCGAUUUCUCCUCGACUGACGACAUGCGAACGCUGGCGGAGGACCAAGUUGCCAAGAUGACCAUGAAUCGAGCCAUCAAGGGUGAUGGGGCUGCUGGCAACCAUGACUCCUUUUUUGUCCUUCAUUGGGAAACUACUAUCUCAUUCGACACACUCGACAUACCGAUUGCGGCCCUGGCAGCUCAGGCGCAGAGUUCGCUUUUCUGGUACGCAUAUCACAUGUUCACGCCCUACUCAUACCCCAGCGUAUUAUACGUGGAUAUGUUAGGCGCGCCAUUUCGUUUGGGCCUGGGGUGGACCCAGGAAGAGUACUUGGCUAAGUGCCAAGGACAUUUGGUUGCCAUGGCCAUGGCAGUAAAUCUGUACAUUGCUGGAGAGAACUGCAACAUUGGAGGUAACAAAAUACACUAA